CGCCGCCGCCGCCGCCGCGAUCGGCGCAUCAAAAAAAGUGUUUUUCACGAAAAUUGGUGAAUUGACCGCGAUUCGGAUGCGACGGAGGAAAAAGUGCGUGCAAUGAUGCCUUCCAGCGGGUUCUUUAGCCGACUGUGCCAGAUAUUAAGUGGCCGAGAUCAGACGGCGCUCGAUCGGAAGCGCAAGGGACCGACAGAAACAAACAGCAUCGAUCCGAAGCGCGCACGCACGGACAACAGUGAUUGGCAUUUCGACACGCUUUACGGUGGUGGUGAGCUGAACGAGUAUCGGAGCACCCUGCGGACGGCUACCGAUCCGAUGAUGGCGUUCAGCAAGAGUGUGCGGAUGUUAAGUGACAUUACGGACGAAUCGGCUGCCGCGGGAGGAGUGCCCCAGCAGACCAGUAGCAGGAGCAGCAGCACGAUGAUGCGGAAGAGCGGCGGCAUUGGUCGGCCCUCGUUCUUGAAACCGUUGGACAAAGCGGUACCGCUGAACAAACGCAGUCUGGCCGAGCUACCGAUGUUGAUCCCUCUCAAACCUCGCCCACAGAAGCCUCCGCUGAUCACGCCGAGCUAUCUGCCGGACGAACCACCAUUCCAGACCAGCUCCCGGCGGAGCUCGCUGGCCAGCCAAUCGACGAAGAGUGGUUACCAGCAGCCACCAGCGUCAAUCUAUCCGUUCACCGGACUCACAAUGAAACCGCCGCCAGCGAGCCGCUUCCUUCCUUCCGAACUGAACGACAGCGAUUUCGGACAGUUGCUGCGUAAAUCGUACGGUUCCACACGAUCGGUGUACGAGCGGUUGGUGAACGGGGGAAAGAGUAGCUACGAUUCGGGAGAAUCGCAUGCCUCCCGGACCAAGUACGAGGAGCUGAUGCAGCAUGUCAUUCCGAGUGCGAACGAUCAAACCAGUGCCGCCACCCGGAGAGGCCAGUACACGGAAUUUGGAUUGAACGGCCCCGCGACAUCGGUGCGGCAACCACAACAGGAUACAAUCUAUCUAACCGAUGAUGACGAUGAUGAUGAUGAUGGCGGCCAGGAGGAGGAUGAAGCAAAGUGUGAGAAUCAAGAUGAGACGAGCUACGUCACGGCCAACAAUGGAACGUUUCCACGGCGACCGGGAAGUGAGCGAUUCUUCAGUAUGAACGCACCACCGUCACUGUUCGACUUUGAUGGCCAGAGGCAACAGCAGCAGGAGGAGGAACAGGAAGAUCACGAGCCGAAUGCAGGAUCAGCGGACAAGUCACACGCAGCGGACCCGGUCGGCGAGAUGGUCAAUUCGUUUAAGGAAAAACUGCAAACGAACACGUACUACCGGGAAAACGUCAUCAAGGAUGUGCAGCAGCGCUACGGGUCUUUGUUCGAGACGCGCAAAACACAGAUCGAACAGGAAAGGGAACGGCUCUCUAGCCUCAAGCAGGGCACGGUCGAGCAGGAGAAUCUGAUGCGCUCCAAGAUGCUAAACUAUGUCGCCUCGAUGCCGUCGUUCGAUUCGCUCGUCAUCGAGGAACCGCCGAAGGAGGUGACACCGAAGGAUGUGCCACUGCCCGAGCUGACGCCGGAACAGUUGACGUUCAUCAGGCGCAAGCUGCAAACCGGGGCGCACGCACUGGUGAUCGACAAGUUCAAGAUACAGAUCACGGGUGACGCAUUCCGGACGCUCGAUGGUAAUACGUGGCUGAACGAUGAAGUGAUUAACUUCUACAUGCAGCUGCUGCAGUACCGUAGCGAGCAGCGGCGUGACCAGGGAUUGCCGAAGGUGUACUCCAAGAGCACGUUUUUCCUCAGCAGCCUGCGCCGGAGCGGGUACAGUGGUGUCCGUCGGUACACGAAGAAGGUCGAUCUUUUUUCGUUCGACUUGAUCGUGGUGCCGGUGCACGUGAACGAGGUGCACUGGUGCAUGGCGAUUAUCGAUCUGCGGCGUAAGGCAAUCGAGUACUACGACUCGCUCGGUGCCCCCAACAACCCGGUGCUGGACAUGCUCGAGAACUACCUGUGCCAGGAGUCGAUGGAUAAGCGCCAGGUGCCGUUCGAUAAGACAGGGCUCACGAAGCGAAACAUGAGCGAGUGUCCGAAGCAGAACAACGGGAGCGACUGCGGAGUGUUUAGCUGUAUGUUUGCUGAGUUCUUAACGCGCGAUCAUCCGAUCACGUUCAAUCAGUCCCGCAUGCAGUAUUUCCGCCGGAAAAUGAUGCUGGAAAUCGCCCAGGGUGAACUGAUAACGUAAUCCCGCGGUC